AUGACUGACCACAACGUGUUCGUGUUUGGAUCAUUUACAGAGGAUGAGAUCAAAUCCCUACAAAGUACCUCAAAACAGAAUGAUGUAGAAUUUAUGUUUGGUUCUUUGGACUCUGCAACUCUAAGAUCUGUGGGCAUCUUCAAAAACAAACCAAAUGUUACAGAAACUCCCAAAAACCACCAACCAUCAAAUUCAAAUCCAGUAAAGAAAAGUAACAAUGAUGAAAUUGUUCAUGCAUCAUCAUCAUCAUCAUCAUCAUCACGAACACCUGUUGCAGUUGUAAAUAAAAAUGGAAACAUCCAUGAUUCAAGCUCUCUUUUCUAUAGCAAUGGUGUACAAGAACAGGAACCAAAAAAUGCACAACUCCCUGUAUCAUUUGUACCUGAAAGCAUUGGAAGUGAAACUUAUGUGGAGUCCUUUGAAGCUCUGAACUUGAUAAAUCCCAAAAAUAACCUUAUCACUGCAUCAAAUGGUCUCCAUAAAGCUGCAACAGAGUUACUCCCUCGAGGCUUAGUCAACUCUGGAAAUUUGUGCUUUCUAAAUUCAACUCUUCAAGCUCUUCUUGCUUGUUCUCCCUUUGUACAUCUCUUACAAGAGCUAAGAACACGCAAUAUACCUGAGAUUGGUUACCCAACUUUACAUGCAUUCGUUGAGUUCAUUUCUGGAUUUGACAUGCCUUCUGACAUUCACUCAAAGAAGAAAGACAACAUUCUUCUAGAAACUGGGAAACCUUUUCGACCUAUCAUGUUUGAAUCUGUUUUAAACAAUUUCUCUCCAGAUAUGCCAAACAGCUUCUCUGGAAGACCAAGGCAAGAAGAUGCUCAGGAGUUUUUAAGCUUUGUAAUGCACCAAAUGCAUGAUGAGCUUCUUAAACUUGAAGGAGAAGGUUGUAAUUUCAAUGGUGGAAAAGUUUCAUUGGUUUCAUCUGUAAGCGAUGAAGAUGAUGAUGAGAGUUGGGAAACAGUUGGACCAAAGAACAAAACUGCAAUCACAAGAACACAAAGCUUUAUUCCUUCAAAAUUAAGUGAGAUUUUCGGAGGCCAACUAAAAAGUGUUGUGAAAGCAAGAGCUCCAGAGACACUUGAAGGGUAUCGUGCUUCAUCAGCAGGAAAGGCAGAGUUAGUAAGUGCAAGUAAAUCAGUGAAAAUCCUAGAGCUUCCAGAGAUAAUAAUACUACACUUAAUGAGGUUUAGCUAUGGAAGUCAAGGAAGCACAAAAUUACUCAAACCAAUCCACUUUCCUCUUCACCUUACUCUCAAUCGUGAUCUCCUUGUUUUAUCAUCGCCAGAGGGUCGAAGAUAUGAGCUGGUGGCAACGAUAACUCAUCAUGGAAGAGAGCCAUGGAAGGGUCAUUACAGUGCUGAUGUGUUGCAUGAAACAAGUGGGAAGUGGUUGAGAUAUGAUGAUGCUUCGGUUGUUGCAAUUUCUACAAACAAAGUGCUUCAUGAUCAAGCGUAUGUGCUCUUCUAUAGGCAGAUGUAUUAGUUUUUGUUUUACACGUUUCUGUUUUAAGAGGUUAUGGUAAAAAUUUAUAUGGCUUCUUUUUUGGGUAAAUCUUUGUGUAUGGUGUUAUUAUUAUGAAUCACGCUAUCUUGGUUUAUUAAAAUGAGUUAUUUUUGUUA